ACCGGAUCCGACCGGACCCAACCGCGCCCGCCUGCGGGGACGGGAGGGAGGAGCCGCCUGAGCCAGGUGCUGGAGUCUGCUGGUCCUGGGAGGGGGCAGUCUCUGGUUCUGAGGAAAGAGACGAGAAGGGGAGCAGCAGAAACGGGUGUCACAUAAAGCAGCACUCAGCCGCCUUCCAUGUUUCCCUUCCUGCCUCUGCCCCCUGGGGAGGAGGAGCUGAGUAUCUAUCUAGUCCCUGGGUUGUGGGGCCCCAGCUGGGCCCGUACCCAACCCAGAAUCUAGAGAACAGCCUUUUCCUCACCUUCCUUUUCUGGGACCCCCGUUGGAUACGCCCUCCUCCCAGGGAUUUUCAGUGUUUGGGGUCACAGCAUCAAGAAAGCAUACUUUUCCUCCCUCCGGACUCAGCUCCAACUGGAGAGCAAGGCCUUCUACCCUUUGACAGAGCUGCUGCGGAAAAAGGCGCCUAUGCUGGACAUCAUCUAUUUUCCAAUCCUGGAAGCAUCAGGACCAAAGCUCCCGUUUCUGGGGGCAUGCACUGUGAGCAGCAGCCAGCUUCUAAACAUUCCUCCCAUCCCCCUCUCCCCAUUCACAUGCACCUGGGGUUGACUGCUGGGUGCUCUUUGAAGAAGAAACAAGCCUGCAGGAGCAAGACCGGAUCAAGAUGUGCAGCUCAGUUGCUGCCAGGCUGUGGUUCUUGACAGAUCGCCGCAUCAAGGAAGACUACCCCCAGCAAGAGAUCCUGCGGGCACUGAAGGCCAAGUGCUGUGAAGAGGAGCUGGACUUUCGGGCUGUGGUGAUGGAUGAGGUGGUGCUGACAGUUGAGCAUGGAAACCUGGGACUCCGGAUCAAUGGGGAGCUGGUCACUGCGUACCCCCAAGUGGUGGUGGUGCGGGUACCGACCCCCUGGGUACAGAGCGACAGCGACAUCACUGUCCUCCGCCAUCUGGAGAAGAUGGGAUGCCGGCUGAUGAACCGGCCCCAGGCAAUCCUGAACUGCGUUAAUAAGUUCUGGACCUUCCAGGAGCUGGCUGGCCAUGGUGUGCCUCUGCCAGACACCUUCUCUUACGGUGGCCAUGAGAAUUUUGCAAAAAUGAUUGAUGAAGCUGAGGUGUUGGAGUUCCCGAUGGUGGUGAAGAAUACGCGGGGCCACCGAGGUAAAGCGGUCUUCCUGGCUCGCGACAAGCACCACCUGGCUGACUUGAGUCACCUGAUUCGCCAUGAGGCUCCUUACCUGUUCCAGAAGUAUGUGAAGGAGUCCCACGGGCGAGACGUGCGGGUCAUCGUGGUUGGAGGCCGUGUGGUGGGCACCAUGCUACGCUGCUCGACGGACGGGAGGAUGCAGAGCAACUGCUCCCUCGGUGGCGUGGGCAUGAUGUGCUCCUUGAGCGAGCAGGGGAAGCAGCUGGCCGUCCAGGUGUCGAACAUCCUGGGCAUGGACGUGUGCGGCAUCGACCUGCUGAUGAAGGACGACGGCUCUUUCUGCGUCUGCGAAGCCAACGCAAACGUAGGUUUCAUCGCCUUCGAUAAGGCUUGUGGUCUAGACGUAGCUGGGAUUAUAGCGGAUUAUGCCGCCUCCCUCCUGCCCCCCGGCCGGCUGACCCGGCGCAUGUCGCUGCUGUCCGUCGUGUCCACGGCCAGUGAGACCAGCGAGCCGGAGCUGGGGCCCCCGGCCGGCGCCGCUGUCGACAACAUGAGCGCCAGUUCCAGCUCUGUUGACAGCGACCCCGAGAGCACCGAUCGGGAGCUGCUCCCCCAGCUCCCCCAACUCCCCCAGCUCCCUCAGCUCCCGGGGGCUCUGUUCAACAUGAACCAGCUGCUAGCCAAUGAAAUCAAACUUUUGGUGGAGUGACUCUACCUACUGGCCAGCGAGGUCAAACUCCUGGUGGAGUGGCUCUGCCUGCUAGCCAGUGAAAUCCAUGUCCUGGUGGAGUGGCUCUGCCAGGAGGUCCUUACCCCUCAGCCCCUCCCCUGGAAAUCUUUCCUUUCUUUUUCCUUCUUCUUGUUUGAAGCCAACUUGUGAUGCUGUUUCUGGAAGCCCCUCAAGGAGUGGUUGGGUGGCCAGGGGAGCCAGAUAUGGCCAGAUUAGA